AUGGCCAACCUUGAUGGCCCAGCAUCUGACACAAAAUCAGUCUCCGCCAUCGCUAAUCCGCCAACCAUCACCCGCGAUGUUGCUGGAAUUGAGCAAGAUAGCCAGCGCAUCCUCGAACUAUGGACAGGUCAGGCGGCAGGCCACAGCAUGUCGACGACUCGCAACGGAUGCUGA